AUGUAUCCUGCGAAGAGUACGUAUGAUUACAUGACUGAAAUAAACCGAUUGUUCCCUCGACCCGCUGAAAAUGAUGCCUAUCGGACUCCGAGCGCGCUGCCGACCAUGACAAUGAGUUCACCAUUCAGGCAAUCUACACCAGUGAACCGUUCUUCAAGCUCAGCAGAUUCUCUAUCCCCAGACUCCUUCCCAGACUUGUCUCAUCGCUCAGACACCGACAGACACUCCUUUGAGACACCAUAUGUAGUUCGUCGCCAACGUCCAAUCAUUGGACGGAGGAUUUUUGACAACACAGAACAACCCACCCCUGCAACUACAACUUUAAAACAGUAUGAACAUGAUAUUGAGUUUCCCAAUUCAAUAUGGCAGCCAGAUGAACACCAUUUAUUCCCACCGACACCGCCAAGUGUAAAAGUAGAACCAAAGAACUACACUCAGAACAUUUUCUAUGAACUAUUUCCCACCGAGAAGAAAGGGUUUGAAUUUAAGCCUCCAGUUAAACUAUCUCCUGUAUCUAACUUCACACCAUCACCAACAUUUUCUCCGACCCCACCAACUGCAAAGUUUCCACCACGAAUGCCAACUUCACCGUUCAGAGUGCCAAGUAGACCAAACUACGGGCCAAGUUCUUCUAGACAUCAGGAUGUGAAGUCUGAUAAAAUGUGCACAUUUUGUAGGAAGAAUGGAGAAACUCCACUGGUGUAUAUGACCCAUAGUGUGCGAGAGAAUGUUGGGAACCAGAGUAUUGUGACCUGUCCUAUUUUGAGGUCUCAUGUCUGUUCCACCUGUGGAGCUUCUGGGGAUAAUGCUCAUACUAUUACAUACUGCCCAGUUCUCCGCAGCAGCAACAAUGGAAGACCUCUGCAGUCCACCACCAUCACAUUGAAGAACACCAGAAUCAAAAGCAAUGGUAGGAGGAGAUUUUAA